UCUUAGAGACCCGCUCUGUUGUUUUCGCCCUCUUGAAUUAUGCUCCUUUAUCGAAGCUCUUGAAUUCGUCUAAAUCAAAAUCAACUUUUUUUUUUGUUCAUUUCGCGUACCUUCAAGCCACGUGGGGAGCAUAAGGCCUAAUCUCUUUUCCCCUGCGACAGCCGACAACAGAGAACAGAGGAAAAAGAUGAGCUCUGCACCUCAUCUCCUACAAACCAUCUCGCCAAUUGCUCCUCCAAAACCCAGGGGCAAAGUCAGACCUUCACUCCCGGCGCACAAUAGCACAGCUGAUGUACAUAGACGAAUGCUAUCCAUUACCUGUGGCACGAAGAGAAGCCCAGACGAUUACCACGCCACACUCAGAGCUCUCAACUCUAGGGGCCGCAGACCCAGGAAAUCCUUUGGUCAGCAUUACAUGUUGAAUUCUGAAGUUAACGAGCAACUUGCUGGUGCCGCUAAUGUUCAAGAGGGAGAUGUAGUCCUUGAAAUUGGACCUGGAACUGGUUCUUUGACUAACGUUCUUCUGGACAAGGGAGCCAUCGUUCUUGCUAUUGAGAAAGAUCCUCACAUGGCUGCUCUAGUUAAACAGAGAUUUUCUCAUACAGAUCGUUUCAAGGUUUGGCAAGAGGACUUUGUCAAGUGUCACAUUCGUUCCCAUAUGUUCUUGCUUUUUGAAAGCAUAAGUUCGUCGGAUCAAAAGCCAAGACAUGCAAAAGUAGUCUCUAACAUACCAUUUAAUAUAAGUACGGAUGUUGUUAAACAAUUGCUUCCAAUGGGUGACGUUUUCUCAGAAGUUGUACUUUUACUCCAGGAGGAGACAGCUCAACGUUUGGUGGAAUCAUCCUUAAGAACAUCAGAAUACCGACCUAUCAAUAUCUUUAUCAAUUUUUAUUCAGAUCCUGAAUACAAAUUUAAGGUCCCAAGGUCAACUUUUUUCCCUCAACCCAACGUUGAUGCGGCUGUUGUUGCAUUUAAGCUAAAGCAAGCUGCAGAUUAUCCAGCCGUUUCCUCCACUAAAAGCUUCUUUUCAAUGGUGAAUUCUGCAUUUAAUGGGAAACGCAAGAUGUUGCGAAGAUCACUUCAGCACAUUUGUGCGUCCCCUGAAAUUGAAGAAGCUUUAGAAAAUGUUGGUCUUCCAGCCACUUCAAGACCAGAGGAGCUGACCCUGGAUGAUUUUGUAAAGCUGCAUAGUUUGAUUGCAAGGGUAUGAGAGGUAUCAUGGCUUUGGAGAGCAAGUUCUAGAAAAUGCCCCCAUGAAAUAGGCUAGUAGAGACUGUCUUCUAUCCUAUGGAGUCGCAGAAGAUUAACAACAAAAUACUUGGCAUACGAAAACCAGAGUUGAGGAAUCAGUUGAAGCAUAUAAACAGUGAUAUUCAUGGAUGAAGACCAAGGAAAAUGACAUGGAGCUGAAGCCGAAUUAACAUGAGACUGGGCAUGAGCUAAUCAUGUUUUGCAGAUGUUUGGACAGCAGAAACAAAAAAACCAAUCUAGAGGAGACAAUCUGUUAGUCCAUCACACGCUACCCAUAAUAGUAUUAUAGCAGAGCACUUGAAACUGUACCAUUCAUCAAAAUUGUACAUAAAAACAAUGCUGUUACUGCCUUGAUCUUCCUCAAAAUUCACAUCAGAAUGGCAUGUUCUAAGCCUAAGUUCUGUAACAGAAUUACAAGCUUGUAAAUCCCAGAACUAUGGAUUCUGAAACUACAUUCAUGAUUCCUUCCGCUCCCAAUUUCAGCUGGAUCAUAAGUUUACUUUUUUGCUGUAGCA